AUGACAAGCACAGACAUGGCAGGCUCGGAGGAUGAGUCCGAGUGGGAGUACGAGUACGACCCCAAUGCGACUGACGAUUUCUACUUGACCCUCGACUUGACGACGCACAUCCCACCCGCGCUUGCUAGAGACAGGCGCACCAAGGCUCAAAAGUCGACAACCCGCGGCUCAAACAAAAGUCUCGCAAAUGCCCCUGGUACUCCCGAGUCUGGUACCAAGGACGCUGCAGCUCAAGAUGGCGACGGGAACUCAGCCAAUACAACAGCCGAGCGCAUGCAGAUUGUUGGCUUGCAUGACAGGAAUCCAAUCAUCUCCUACAACAACUCCAUCUACUCAUGCCAAUGGGCCACCGAUCUAGCCACUCAGAUCUUCCUCGCCCCGCCGCCGACCGACUUCGAUCCAGACCACACAGCGCUUCGCUCCACUCCUUCUUUCGACGUUUUGGGCACGAGCGCCGCUCGCCUUGUCGCCAUACCAGCCAGUAUCCAACCUCGAGAAACCGCUCCACCGAAUGCUGUCAGGGCCGCAUAUGCUGGUCCAGAGACUACAUACACGACAGCUGAGGGAGACGUGAUUGAGCACACCACAGCCCAAGGCUUGCGCAUCGCCCUCCCUUCCACCGCCAGUGCUCAGCGAACAAGCCAGGCUAAGUUCCUAGAAGCGCUGUCAGCCAUCAAGGCUCGCCGCGGCGACCAGGAUGCCGUGCCUGUCACGAACAUCAAGGUCUACCACCCACCUGAGGGCUGGGAGGAAGAGCGUGCGGACUACAUCGAGAAGGAAAGCGCCCGUAGCNAAGAAAGACAAGGCCGAGGCCGCUGCACGCGCAAAGAGAGAAAAGCAGAACAAACAGCUCGACUCACCAGACUGAACCGACGUCCCGCAUACGCCCGCCCAAACCCUGAAGAGGAGGCCGAAGAAGGAGGCAGUGGGGAUGAAAACGAGGACGAUGCAAACAAAGACGCCGACGCCGAUGGUAACAAGCUAGUCACGCGCAAGAGAAGGACUCUAGCUCGUGGUGGUGCCCGUGGAGGCGCUCCAAGCGGUAAAAGAUUGCGGCAGAGCCUGGGUCUGCCUGAGGCCAGACGUGACUCGAGACCUAAGGGCCGUCCACGCAAGAAGAGGAAGGUAGUCGCAGCACCUGAAGUAGUUGCUGAGACCAACGAAGAUACGCCUGCUGAAGGAGCUUCUACUGCUGCAGGACACAGUCACGAAGGCACGAGCACACAAGCUGAGCAACAAGAUACAAGCAUGGCUGAGGGUGGUGCGACUGAACAGGCCGACGAUGGGGCUACUGCAGAUCAGACUGGUGAUUGA